CACACGACACAACACAAACAAUACCUAAACCGCAUUACCGCAUUCCUGAGAGAAGAAUCCAAUAUUUUAUUGUGAAAUUUAAUACUUUCCAUGAGAAUAGUCGUGUUACAGAGUGUUAGUCUAAUUUUCCAUCAUGUGCAGUUUUGAAAAUAGUGAUUUUCGUUGUUAUAAGUGCAUAUCCAUGAACUUUACUCUUCGCAAACCCUUGCUCAGAAAUGAUUGUGAUCAGCCUUGUUAAAGUUUAACUCAAAAGUUUAAUACAAAAUGAAAAUAUUCAACGAUGAGUUUCUUAGAUUUAACUCAAAAAGAGUUCUUGCCUCUGUGUGAUGUGCUCUUCAACAUUAUAUCUUUGGCAGCUUACUUCUGUGAUAUUGUUUUCGAUGUCGUCAUGGGAUAUGCCCUCUGCGUCAGAGGAGAAAUUAAAUGGUUCAUAGCCACAAUGUCCUUCGUCUUUCUGUCACUAAUUGUGGAGCAAGCUGUUUCCUUAAGAUGGUACUUACAUACAGUGGAGGCUCAAGACAAAAGCCUCGAAAAGUAUAGUACGGAUGGGAAGAUGAGAAGAUCAUUCCUCUUCAAACGAUUUCAAUUGUGGUCCAUUAUCAUCCUGCACACCAUUCAAUGUGGUAUAUUAUGGCGCUAUUUCAAGUUAUUUAUCCCUGUUGAUUUGCGAUUUGUCAAGUAUGAAGUUCGAGAUCUAUGCAUGCUGCGAUUGCUGCAUGCUUUCUGCGAAUCUGCACCAAUGCUCCUAAUACAGUUUUACCUGCUGUGGCAGGAUUCAUCCUCUAAAGAAUUCAACGAUUUGAAUACAGUCUCUGUUUCUCUAUCACUCUUCAGUGUCUGUUGGGCAUUAGCCUCCUUCAGUAAGAAUGUCCGAAUGCAAAAUGUUCAUCGGCUGGUUUUGACCUGGUUAGGCGUAAUAUUUCAGUUUUUUUGGCGUUUUGGAACUGUGUGCGCUAGAAUAAUAUCACUCACCUCGUACGCCUCAGUAUAUGGACAGGGCGUCUUCUUAGUCAUUUUUCUCCAUUGGGUCUGCAUGUUUUUGUGGUUGAUUUCUCCGAAGAAUGUUUUUCAUGGAGAAAAUAUAUCCCGUGGAAGAAAAGCUGCUCUCUUUGCCAUCAUAGCAUAUGUCUUUACUUUUGCAUACAUAAAUUUGCUGGAGGUCAAUCAUCGUGAAAAAAUGCUCAUGUUCUACAUAGUUAUGGGGCUUGAAAACGCUCUACUAAUGUUUGUCUGGUGGGUUGCGGUCUCUGUCAACCCUCCUUGGUAUCGUUAUAAGCUUCCUCUGUUAGUUAUGUUCCUAUUUUUCUCUGGACUCGUCUUCAUGGCUCUGUACUACCGAUUUUUCCAUGUCAGACGUCUAAAGUACGAAUCUGGUGGCAGGAUGAAUACAAACAGUAGCAACAACUCCACAGCCAGGCUACAACCUGGAUCCUCUCGUUGCAAUGACUUAUUGCUUGGAAGUAAAGAUUUAAUCAGGCGUCAUAGUUUUAGUGGAAUCUACAAUGGAUCAAACGGAAUGAACACGGCACCAACAGAUACAGACACCUCUGCAUCUCAACAACAUUCUCAUGUUAAUAAAUAUCGGUAUCAUGGUGCCGCUCCAGCAAACUCUCACCAUCAUGGAGGCAUUCCUGGCGUUUUCAACUGCAGAUUUACAAACCCGUAUAUGGCAGCCAUGCAGAAGAGGAAGAAAAAGAAACCUACAUCUUUCAUACCACCACCAUCAGUGGGGCCAAAUGCAAACAAUCAUAAUGGCAAUACUGUAUCUAAUGGUGUUGCAAAUCAUCGCAAUGGCUAUGACAGUGUACCUUUCUGGUGCAGACCUUUACCAAAUACUCACAGCCAUCAGGGUGGAUCUAGUGAAAAUGAAGGGAGCAGCGUCGGCUCUCGAGUGAAUAUCCAGCAGAAACUACAAGAGAAGAAACAAAAGCAGCUAGCGGAGUUGCGAGUGAUAGAGGAGGAAAUCAAACAAGGGAAACUUCAUCAGCGGCCUCGGAGUAGGACAACGGCAAAUGCUCCAGAGCCUCCACCCCCGCCUCCUCCUCGAGGGAAGCAGCCGCCACAUCCAGCUGCUCACCGCACCAACACUUCAGAAAUUUUGCUGGCUCCUCACUACCUUAACAGCUCAAGAGAGGAUGUUGGUUUUCAGUAUUACGAUUGGAACAAUGCAGAUACUGCACCUAUUUACAGGUUUUGUGAGGAAGACCAGCUGCUAGUCUUGAUGAAAUACCAAGCACCAUCUGACUUGGACUCGCAAAUGUCCCUGCCAAGGUCCUACACACUUCCAAGACAAUUCAAGUAUUGUCGAAGACCUAGUCGUUCUAGAAAAUUAGUCCGAGCGGAGCACUUCGUAGCCUCCACUAAUUCCAGUGAUGGUGAUGUUGACUCAGUGGAUGAAAACGAAUCUGACGCCUCGCAUACAGUGUCUCAACUAAGGCCGUUGAGGCUGAAUCAUCCUCACUUCAGAUCUAAACCGGAAACGAGGUUGUAAAUUUGCUGCCAAGCUUUUAUUUAGCCAAGGUCACAAACUUGCCUAUUGUUCUUCAUUAUUUUAACAAAUUUGUAAAAACAUUUCUCUACCUCGCAAGUAGCCAUAAUGUGAUUUUUCAAGUUUCAUCCAAGAAGACCUUAUUUGAAUCAAAUUAUUAUACUUGGGAAAACUUUAUCGUUUAAGGAAUAUCCUCAUUUUUACUGUAAGGCCCAAAAAAAAGGCUGCAAGAUGCUCUUAGAAGGUAAAUUUCCGUUUCACUCAUCAUUUUUCAAAAUUGUUUUUCUAAAGUUUCUUGAAAAUAUUACAAACUCAUAGCGACUCUUCAGUAGGUCAGAAUUAUCAAAACAAAAUUUACCUGCCAUAUGUAAUGAUCAUAUAAGGUACCCAUUGUUUGGCACAAUAUGAGAAAAUGUUGGUUAUAAACAACUCAGGCAUUGGAAGGAUUUACAUUUUUAUAAAGCUGUUUUUUUUGCCCUCUUCUUUUUUUGAAGGAAAGUAUUGCGUCGAUUAAAUGUAUUGCACCUUUGCCAAUUUAGUUGUCACUUUGCUAUGCUUUUGACAUGUAAGAAGAUUAAUAACUGACAUAUUCCCCAAUUGUGACCCCAGUUUUUGCUACUACAGCAUAGACAAGUCAUUUCUCUGUAACACUCUAAUGAGAACAUUCUUCAAAUGCAACAAAGUACCCUUUUCUAAGUCAUUCAGUAUUAUUAUUUGGAAUUGGAACUUUCCUUCUUCAAGUAAGAUUUUAAUUCUAUUUUCUUGCGUUAUUAAUAAUGUGAGUUCAAAUUUUAAGGGUGUCUCUGCAAGAUUUAUAUAGAAUGAAAUUUUACAGCCUAAGAGGAAGAUUCUCUGUCAAAUUACCUCUGCUAGGUAUUAUGUGCCCCUGCCUAAUUUCAGAACCUAAAAUGUGGUUACAUGUGAUGAUUGUAUACUACUAUUAUCAAAUUUCUGCCGUAUUAAUUAUAAAUCCUGGUGACAUCCCUGAUAUGUACUCAAAACUUAAUUCCAUGGUAGAGGUGCAGGAAGAAAAAAUGUUGCAGAACGGAUUAGUCUCUGUGAUUGUCUUUUCCCAAGGAAGACAUAAAAAAAGUGGUAUUUACGACUGGCUUGGCAGAGAUCCGGUUCGGAUUUUACAAUAUCAUUCAAUUUAUGUAUAAUCAUCACUCAAAAAUUAAAGACUGUGAGGUCUUUGUUCGUUUGUAAAGUGUAUAGAUAGUUACAGCAAAUUACCUCUCUCUUUUACUCGAUGUAAAUAGUAUGUUCAUGACAAAAAGCAGGCAAUGUCUUCCUACUCUGUUGACCAAAAGACUGUACCGUAACUUUUAAGUUGAAUCUUAGAUUGAUUAAUCUAUAGCCAUCCUCAAUCAUUCCUGUUUGUGCUCAUUAUUUUUAAUGCAAUCAGUGGAUACGUUCUGUUGCAUGUGGUUAAUUUUACAUAAUUUCCUCCCAUCUUGUUUAUCAUAAGAGUGCAAAGAGGGUGAAUGUGAAAUUCAAGAGUUCAUUUUAUAAUUAAUGCAAGUGAGCUAACAAUAAACCUCCACCAUUGUUUUUAUUUCCUCUGAACAAUUAAGAAAAUAACGAAGUGUUAUCCUGUGUGUGCCUUUCAAUCAGAUUUAACUGUAAUGUAAAGUAGAAAACUAUGUAUUUUUGGAAAUUUGUGUUUUAGGAUUUUUUUUAAACAUAUUUUUUAUUGAGAAGUAGGACUGCUAUUCUUUCAAUUACUUUCGGUAGUUAAACAUUCAACUUGAUCUGAAACAAAAAUUCCAAUUGCAAUUUUGUUUUUCGAUUAUUUUAUGUGUCCAUCCUCAAAUCUUUAUUCAAUUCUUUGAUGUAGAAUCCAAAUGUACUUUUGCCAAAGUUGAGCAUGUAAUCAGCCAGUCUAUGGUAUGUAAACUGUAAUUAAUGAGUCUUAGAAUUUUAUGUUUUUUUUUUUGUCAUGCAGCUUGUGCAUAGCCUGAAAGAGCGCUGCGCAACACUAGCCUAAAUUUCUAAAACACUACUCAACAAUAGUUUUACUGUCUCUUUUGAUUAUUAUCAUCAUUUAUUUAUUUAUUUUUUUUUUCACUUUUUUUCUCAAUCCAUUUAUGUAUUUCAUUUUAUUGCUUUUCACUCAAACCCGUGUUGAUCUAGUCAAACUUCACAACUUCGUCAUGUCUUAUCACUAAAUCAAUUCUCGCUUACUAAUUAUUCCUCUAUCUUAUUAGUGAAAAGGAGAAUAAAUGAAAUGUUGCGUGGAUAACUGGGAAAAAAUUAAUCUUCAAAUCUCAAUAACGUAGGUGAAAGGUCUUUUUUUAUUUAUUUCCCUAUUGAAUAACAAAGUUACAAAUUGGUAAAUAGGUAGUUCUUAGGUAAUUUACUGUACCUACAUUUUUAAAUGCUUCGAAAGAUUUUAGAUUUCAUUUUACUUGCUUUGAGUGAAGUCUACUGGAGCAUUAUUAACUUUUAUUUAAUUAACUUUCCCCCUCACAAUCAACAUCUAUGGUAAAACAUUCAGACAUGAAGCAUUCAAUCUAGAUGCUCUUUUUUGUAUUUUUAUGGCUGCUAAUAACUGCCCUUUGUAUUCAUAGGUAAUGUUAAAAUUUGUACAGAAUGAACUUAAAGUUUUAAGGGUGGACUGGACUUUGUACUUGUGUAUUUUAAUUGUAUGCUUGCUUGUGUGUGCCAAUGGUGCAUGCAUGGAUGGAUGGAAAAUACAAUAUGUGUGGAAGGAACUUGCUAAAAAUUUGCCGACUGUAUUUUGUCAAACCCCUGUAUUAACUCGCAAUUUUAUUCCUGAAAAAAAAAAUUGUAACUCUCAA